GACGUGACAGGAGAUGUUAUUGUCUUCUCGAACCAUGAGACAAUUACGAACAUGCGUGUUCUGGCUGGUUUCUCGAAACGCCAACUAACGUGUAUUUCAACCACCAAUGGUGUAUCCAACAGUGUAUUUGUUUUCUAGCUUUAUUCUUGCGUCGUUGAUCUUUGUCGCGGGUUAUGUGGUGUACCAAGUAUUCGUCGCGCCGCGGUUCAAUCCACUUCAAAAGUUGGCUGGUCCACCUGUGAAGGGUUUGCUUGGAAACCAUAUGUCAAUGGUUUUAGAUCCUUUCCGUUCACCAAAGGCUCAUGCAGCUUAUGUCGAGAAGUAUGGACGUACUGUGAGAAUCAGAGGCAUAGGUCCAUGGGAUGAACGUCUUUUGCCACUAGACCCGGUGUCGGUCUCGUACGUGUUGAAAAACUGCACUAUAUAUGAGAAGCCGUGGCAGUCUCGCAGACUUAUCACAGGUCUCAUUGGUUGUGGAAUGCUCGCUGCUGAAGGCCAUGUGCAUAAACGCCAGCGUCGCGUCGCCACUCCAGCAUUCUCAAUACAGAAUAUGAGAGCGCUCGUCCCUCUUGUCUUCAGUAAAGGCAACGAACUGAAGGACCGAUGGCUGGAGAUGAUCACUGAGUCGGGUCAGACAAUAUCUCUCGAAAGCGAGCCAAAGCGUAGUAUCGAGCUGCAAAUUGACGUGUGUCAUUGGAUAAGUCGCGCAACUUUCGACGUGAUUGGACUCGCAGGGUUUGAUUACCAUUUCAACGCCAUUCAAAAUGAGUCGGAUGAACUGUUCACUGCCUACAAAGAAAUGUUUGAAAUAGCAGUAUCUCAAGGACAAGGAUUUCGGACAAUACUAGCUAUCUAUUUUCCCAUCAUAAAUAGACUAUUUCCGGACCACCGCGCGCGGACUGUUCAUAGGUGCCAAGAAGUUAUCCGUAGAGUCGCAGGUCGCCUUGUUCAGCAGAAAAAAGCAAAAAUCUCGGAAGGCGACAAGGGUGGAUCUACUUAUGCUGGGAAAGACCUCCUCAGCCUAUUAUUAAAAUCAAACAUCGCUACAGACCUCCCACCUGAUCAGCGCAUCUCGGACGAAGACAUUUUGCACAAUAUCAACACCUUCAUGUUCGCCGGUUCCGACACGACCUCACUCGCACUAACUUGGACGUUGUAUUUGCUUUCGCGAUACCCUGCAGUACAAAACCGACUGCGUUCUGAGCUGAUUGCUAUCGCACCUUCAACACCCGAAUCACGACUGACGCCAGAUGAAAUAGAGUCAUUGCAUAAUACGCUUUCGGGGCUGCCGUAUCUUCAUAAUGUCACGAGAGAAGUCCUCCGGCUGAUUCCACCUGUGCACUCUUCGCUGCGUGUUGCAACGCAGGACGACGAAGUACCUACUUCAUAUCCUGUCCGCUUAAGUGAUGGCACGAUAUCUGAGCAGAAGUCUGUACGAGUGCCUAAAGGGAGUUUCGUACACGUUCCCGUAGAGGCGAUGAAUCUGGAUAAGGGAAUAUGGGGCGAGGAUUCCUGGAAUUUUGACCCAGAUCGCUGGGAUAACUUGCCAGAUGGCGUGUCCUCGUUACCAGGUCUCUUCCCAAGCCUUUUGACAUUCUCAGCAGGGCCCAGAUCUUGCAUAGGGAUGCGAUUCUCGAUGAUAGAGAUGAAAACUUUCCUGUACAUCCUCCUCACCAAUUUCGUCUUCAGCGAGACAGGACAGAAGAUCUACAAAGCCAACGUUGUCCUGACGCGGCCAUAUGUCUCGGGUCAAUUUAAGAUGGGUAGUCAGUGUCCUUUGCUGGUUAAAAGAUACGAAAAAAGAGCGCCUUGUGUGAGUCCUUGGUCGAACCGGUAGCUCGAUUAUUUCGUCUUCGGGUUUGUAGUUCUCUCUCUAUCUCACCUAUGAUUGGGAUGUCGUAUACCCUUUGCUGUAUCCUUGUGUUUGUUUGAAAAACUGGAGCAUAUCCUUCUUGAAGUGA